AUGACAAUCCUGAAGCUGCUGCACCGGAGUCUGCACCUGGUACGACAGGUGCACGUGCUGCCGAGAGAGUACCUCACGAUGGAGGAAAUGCUGAAAAAGAUCCCGAAGUACCUCGUCCCUGUUACGGAGAAGGUGGUGCUCGACCCCUCUCAGGUUCCACAAUCUCAGGAGGUCCUCCCUGAACGAAGCAUGCGGGACUCGUUCUGCGAGGUCAUCGUUCCGUUCGGCUCGAACCCGGAACUCCACAAGCGUUAUCUAUCCCCAAUCGGUGGGGUGCGCAUUGGUCGGCUACUGGAGGACAUGGAUAUCUUUGCAGUCUGGGUUUGCCUCCACCACCUCCUCGACAUGAAGGCGAUCGAGACCCGGCCGCUCCCAUACAAUCUGGUCACGGCACUCGUGGACCAGAUCAGAUUCGUCCAAGGGCAGAUCUCCUCAGACAGAGAUCUGAGACUGAGUGGGCACGUCAGCUUUGUUGGCAAGUCGUCACUUGAGAUCAGCCUUGCUUUGCACCAAUUUGGAGAAAAACCUCACCCUUGGAACUUGAUCACUCAUGCAUGGUUCGUGAUGGUGCUGCGUCAUGCCGUUCUGGACCAGGCUGUUCCGGCGAAUCCUCUGAAACCGGCAAGUGACUUGGAACUGAAGCUGUACAACCAAGGCAAGAACAAUGCCUUGAGACGCAAGACUGAUGGCGAAGAAUCGUUGCUCCGAAAGCCUCCGACAGAACAGGAACGCUUCAUCAUCCACGACCUCUUUCUCCGCACGUUGAACCCAGAGAAGCACACCUUCCAGUCCCGCGUGCGACCUCUGGGUUACAUCUGGAUGGAGGAUGCCAAGCUGAAGAAGGUCGUCAUCUGUCACCUGGAAGACCGCAACCAGCUGGGCAAGAUCUUUGGUGGGUUCAUCAUGCGCCAGGCGUUCGAACUGGCUUGGGCCAACGCGUAUGUCGUCAGCCGACAGGCACCCACAAUCGAGUUCAUUGAUGACAUAUGGUUUCGUCGCCCAGUGGAGGUUGGAUCCUUGUUGUACAUGGCAUCCCAAGUCGUAUUCACUGAGGGCCACCGCAUGCAGGUGCGGGUGUGUGCCCAGGUGGUCGAUCCGGAGUCAGGGAAGCAGGAGGAGACCAACACCUUCCAUUUCACCUUUGUCGUAUCAAAAGAGGUGGAUCAGAUGCUGCCCAAGGCAUAUCACGAGUCCAUGCUGUACCUGGAAGGCCGGCGGCAUUUUGUGUCCCGCAGCGACCGUCAAGAGGAGGAAUACAUUGGCUUGGAUGCACUCUAA